UGGGCCGGACUCCCGGCCCUCGCAGCCAGUCCGCGGGUGGAGCUGCCGCGAUGUGGGCCCUGCUGUCGCUGCUCUGCGCGGGCGCGGGGCUCCUGGGACCCCCGGCCUGCGGCGCCGCCGACUUCUACGCGAGCUCCUUAGAGAAAGUUCACUUUAAGUCGUGGAUGGUGCAGCACCGAAAGACCUACAGCUCAGAGGAGUACCAGCACCGGCUGCAGACCUUUGUGGGCAACUGGAGGAGGAUCCGCGCCCACAACGCUGGGAACCACACGUUUAAAAUGGCACUGAACCAAUUUUCAGACAUGAGCUUCGCUGAAAUAAAACACAAGUAUCUCUGGUCGGAGCCUCAGAACUGCUCGGCCACCAGGGGGAACUACCUCCGGGGUACCGGCCCCUACCCCCCGUUCGUGGACUGGCGCAAGAAGGGCAAGUUUGUCUCCCCGGUGAAAAAUCAGGGCGGCUGCGGCAGCUGCUGGACCUUCUCCACCACGGGGGCCCUGGAGUCCGCCAUCGCCAUCAAAAGUGGGAAGCUAUUGUCCUUGGCAGAACAGCAGCUGGUGGACUGUGCCCAGGGCUUCAACAAUCACGGCUGCCAAGGGGGCCUCCCCAGCCAGGCGUUCGAGUACAUCCGGUACAACAAGGGCAUCAUGGGCGAAGACACCUACCCCUACAAGGGCCAGGACGGAGAGUGCAAAUUCCAGCCCAGCAAAGCCAUUGCCUUCGUGAAGGACGUAGCCAACAUCACACUGAAUGACGAGGAGGCGAUGCUGGAGAUCGUGGCCCUGUACAAUCCCGUGAGCUUCGCCUUCGAGGUCACUGGCGACUUCAUGAUGUACAGAAAGGGCGUCUACUCCAGCACUUCCUGUCAUAAGACUCCAGAUAAAGUAAACCACGCAGUACUGGCUGUUGGGUACGGAGAAGAAAAUGGGGUUCCCUACUGGAUCGUGAAAAACUCUUGGGGUCCCCAGUGGGGGAUGAAAGGGUACUUCCUCAUCGAGCGCGGGAAGAACAUGUGCGGCCUGGCGGCCUGCGCCUCCUACCCCAUCCCGCUGGUGUGAGCCCGGCCGGCCGGACGUCGGAGGGGGUCCAGCCCCGCGGCCCCCCGGACCCCCCUGCAGACCUGAGGACGAAGAGUUCGAGCAGCGGGCCCACCACCGGCCUGCCGCGAACGUGGCCGCCAGCCCCGUGCCUGGAGCGGACUCAAGCCCACGCGGCCGCUGCUCGCGCGUGGCGGGCGCCCGUGCCUGUGUCCCCUGUGGGCCUCAAUAAACAUUUGGCGAAGCCUCCCCAG